AUGCUGACUGACACUGUCCGCCCGCACGAAUUUUCAAAGCUGCUGCUCGUCGCGACCCAGUUUUUCUGCGUGAGCGCGGACCGGUUUCAAAUUCAAAUCGGUGUUGCCGUAGAGGAGACAGAGACUCCACCUGGUCGCACGGCAAUUUUGAAAAUCUCCUCGCUGCCAUCUGUGACUACACAUGAUAUCGCCUCGAGGAGUAUCAGCACGCCCGUCCUCUCCGAGAGAGAAGCCCUUUACUAUGGGAUGCUUGACAACAAGCUUAAAGGCAGCACAUCAACAACGGAGGUGAUGCGGCGAGAAAUUAUUGGGGGUGCUGCCGUGGUCUCGUUUCGCAUCCCGAUAUCCCACCUGCACUUUCCCGGAGCCUACAGUGCUGGAAUGACGGCGGACGGCCUAGCAGAGUUCGAUUCGGAAGCGCAAAGGAACCUGCGAGAGAAGGAGGCGUGGCUUCUAGAUCCCACUCGAUAUCCGCCGCACCAAAGCUGCUUCACAUCAUGAUGCGUCCCCCCGUUCUUGGUAGCUUGUUGGGGAAAAUGCGCCGCACUUGGGGCAAAUAAACUAGCUUCAACUUGUUAUUUCUGUUCUUGCAUGGUGCCAAGCACAGCUUAUUGGCUGGAAUCUCGCUGUCUCCCCAGAUCUUUUUUUACUAUUGCUCUGAUGUCAAACUCAAAGAAACGUGAUGCGCAAGAAACGCUGUCGGUGCACACCAGAUAAAAUCCGCAUUUUCCCUGAUCGGACACGGGUUCAGCUUUUUGACAUGUGUCGUGUAUCACUUUGGAAAUUGCAUAUUUCUUUGGCCACUUUGUCGACAAGCGAAAGAAGUCAACUGAUGGAGAGUUGGCGCCGGGCAGCCUCGGAUCGCCUUGCCGAACGGAGAAGCGUGGCAAAAAAGCGAGAAGACCUGCUCGAGACUCUGGCACACCAGCUGGAUAAGUAUCUGGUGGAACAGCUGGAUAAGGAUAAUUUUUUGGAAUCUUCACGUGGUCCUUCAAUUUCGAAGGCAAACAGCAACGACCGUCAAAAAACCGGGGGCCUGCCUUGGCGAAUCUCCAAAGAUGGGGGCUGA